AUGUCUCCGGAAUCGACCCAGCUCAAUGAUGAUACAGUUCACGAUAACCGACAGAACCCAUCGGAUGCGUUGCUGAUCCUGGCACAUGCUGCAGGGCAGCCAGAAGACAAGCAUCAGUUGGAUACUGAAAGUGGUAUUCUCACCUCACGAGACGAGCAUGGUGCCACUGCUUCGUCGGGUCUGAUAUCGAAUCGCUUCUACCUAGCCUAUGCAUCCGGUGCUAUCUCCACCGACAAGUAUGCUAGAACAGAAGCUUUGAUUCAGCGGUUCAUUACCAUUCUCCAGAUGUAG